GCUUCCCCUACAAUGUCUUGACCCAAAAGAAAACCCACUCUGAUUCAAAACCCAAUCGCAAAUACAUUUAUAUAGAGAGUAUCAGUGAAUAGCAGAAGAAGAGAAAGCUUGAAAAUUGUAGAGAGAGAAAGAUGAGCAGCAUUGGCACGGGUUACGAUCUUUCUGUGACCACAUUUUCGCCGGACGGUCGAGUUUUCCAGAUCGAGUAUGCUGCAAAAGCCGUCGACAACAGCGGCACCGUCGUCGGUAUCAAAUGCAAAGACGGAAUCAUCUUGGGAGUGGAGAAGCUGAUUACUUCGAAGAUGAUGUUGCCCGGGUCCAACAGAAGAAUCCAUGCCGUCCACCGCCAUUCCGGCAUGGCUGUUGCGGGAUUAGCUGCAGAUGGCAGGCAAAUUGUUGCACGAGCAAAAUCUGAAGCAACUAACUAUGAGAGUGUGUACGGAGAACCAAUUCCAGUUAAAGAACUUGCAGAACGUGUUGCAAGUUACGUGCAUCUAUGCACACUAUAUUGGUGGCUCAGGCCUUUUGGAAGUGGAGUAAUUCUGGGAGGUUAUGACAGGGAUGGGCCACAGCUGUACAUGGUUGAACCUUCGGGAGUUUCCUAUAGAUACUUUGGUGCUGCAAUUGGGAAGGGCAGGCAGGCUGCUAAAACUGAGAUUGAAAAAUUGAAGCUUUCUGAAAUGACCUGCCGACAAGGGGUUAUUGAGGUGGCCAAGAUAAUUUACGGAGUUCAUGAUGAGGCAAAGGACAAAGCCUUUGAAUUGGAAAUGAGUUGGGUCUGUGACGAGUCUAACCGCCAGCAUCAGAAGGUUCCAGAUGAUAUAUUAGAGGAAGCCAAGGCAGCCGCCAAGGCUGCUCUCGAAGAAAUGGAUGCGGAUUAGUGUGUCUGAUUUUGCAAUUUUCGUUUGGAACUUUGGCUAUAUUUUCUCCUGUGUAAAACUCUACAGUUGUGCCAGUGAUUGGAUUUAAAUAUUUGUACUAUUGUCAUAUUUAUGUUUCCAACACAAUGCUCUGCUCCUUCAUUACAAGAUUUGUUGGAUUGCAAA